AUGGGACUUGUGCCGAUGUGCCUAGCCGCCGCCGCCGCCGCCGUGUUCGCAGCAUCAGUAGCCCUAGCAUCUUCCUAUGCGGCGGCCGCCGUUGCGUCGUCCGGAUCAGAAGAGUAUGAUCCCAAUAAUGAAAAUCCGUGUAAACGGUGGUGUGGAAAUAUGCCUAUUCCUUUCCCGUUUGGUCUCUUAUUACAAUGCUCCGGAAGUGGGAAGUUUCUCCUAAACUGCACAUCCAAUCAAACACUACUUAUCGGAAUUCCUCCAGCACAAUACCGAGUGGUCAACAUCUCAUUAAACGAUGGUCUCCUGUUCGUGAAGAACAUCACAAUGCCAACCACAGCAACGGCCCUGCAUGACUUGGACUUGUCUGGAGGCCAGGGCAUUUGGAGAUGGGCUGUCACCAACAAAACAUGUGAAACUGCAGCCAAAACCGAGGCAUCCUACGCUUGCAUUGCCACCCACAGUGUGUGUGUUGAUGCAGCUCCUGGCUAUCGUUGCAAGUGCUCUCCCGGCUUCGAUGGAAAUGCUUACAUCAAUGGUGGCUGUCAAGAUAUUGAUGAGUGUUCCAUGCCGGACCUGUGUGAUGGACUGUGCUCCAACAUCGAAGGGAGCUACCGUUGCAUUCCUUGUCCUAAAGGCUCAACUUUUAAUCCCCUUGAAAGGAUAUGCGUAUCUAAUGGACACAGCCUUCUUCCUGGUCUUCCAAUUGGACUUGGCUGUGGUAUUGGAGUCCUUGUUCUUACGGUGGGUCUAGUUUUAUUUGUUCGAUGGUGGAGGAGACAUAUGCAAAGGAAACUUAGAAGGGAGUACUUCCGGAAAAACAAAGGCCUACUCCUUGAGCAAUUGUUGUCGUCGGAUGAAAGUAUUGCACACGAUCCAAAAAUAUUUUCGUUCGAAGAGCUAGAGAAGACAACCGACAACUUCCAUUCAACGCGUAUUCUUGGUUGUGGAGGCCAUGGCACUGUAUACAAGGGAAUUUUGUUGGACCAACGCGUGGUUGCGAUUAAGAAAUCCAAAAUUAUGGACCAUAAUGAAAUCAGUCAAUUUAUCAAUGAGGUCGCAAUCUUGUCUCAAAUUGUUCAUCGGAAUAUGGUAAAACUUUUUGGUUGUUGCCUUGAAUCGGAGGUACCAUUACUUGUGUAUGAGUUCAUCUCCAAUGGUACGUUAUAUGACCUUCUUCAUGGCGAGCAUAAUACAACAUUCUCAUUAAGGUGGGAGGAUUGUGUCAGGAUUGCACUUGAGGUUGCAGGUGCUCUUUCAUAUCUACACUCUGCUGCAUCAAUACCCAUAUUCCAUAGAGAUGUGAAGUCAGCCAAUAUACUCUUAAACGACAACUACACUUCAAAGGUUUCAGACUUUAGGGCAUCAAGAUAUAUCUCCAUUGAUAAAACUCGGGUGGUGACAAUCGUACAGGGGACAUUUGGAUAUUUAGAUCCAGAAUACUUCCACACAUCUCAACUAACUGAGAAGAGUGAUGUUUACAGCUUUGGCGUUAUACUUGUUGAGCUCCUAACGAGGAAGAAACCAAUCUUACUAAACUGUUAUAGGGAAAAACAAAGCUUGUCUCAUUACUUUCUUCAAACACUACAAAAUGGAAGAAUCAUGGAAAUAGUUCAUCCCCAAGUUGCUGAGGAAGCAAAUGCAAGUGAAAUCGAUGAAUUGGCAUCACUUGCAGAGAUGUGUUGACAGAUCAGAGGAGAAGAACGACCUAAGAUGAAAGAAGUGGAGUUAAGACUGCAGCUCCUAAGAGCUAUGGUAACAAAGAGAAGCCAUCAGGGGUUAUUAGGUAAAAAUGAGAUUGGGUCAUCAGUGCAGUCCAAUUCCAAUCAUGCAUCUGCGACAAGGAGUGUUCUGCUUCCUGCAGCUAUUAACCCAUCGAUUGAUCAUCAGGAUGCAACUCGUUGCUACACAAUGGAGCAAGAGCUCAUUUCUUGGACGGAUCUACCACGCUAAACUGUAGUACUGUACUACGCUAUGUUCCAU